AUGACUUCUCGAGGAGCUAUCCCUCCCCCUCCAUCUUUUGAGAAUCUCAAGCCUGAUGGGGUACUGGCCGAGACCCAAGAUAUACUCAACUCUACUUCAACCCUGCAUGACACUCUAUCCGCUACAUUCACAGGCGCAACCGCAGAUUUUGCCUGUGUAAUCCGCCCUAUUGUGGACGAUGCCAACCGCGCAGCAUGUCGCUUACGCAUUUUGACGACCCUACUGGGUCAGUUGUCACCGGAUCGGGAACUGCGACAUGCCGCCCAACAGGCCGAAAUCCGUGCCGCUGCAGCUCAAGCCAACAUUCUCAUGCGCAGUGACAUUGCAUCCCUGGUUGCAGCGGUAUACGAGAAAGACAAGAUCGUGCCGGAUGGAAACCUUGAUGAGCAAGAUCGCCAUUUACUUGCUCAUAUGCAUGACGAGUACGUACGUUCUGGGGCGUGUCUACCAAGUGACGACAAGCGGGAAGAACUUCGCGUUGCGCUCGAGGAGAUAAAUGCUCUUCGAUGCGAAGCACAAGUCGCCUUCACAGAAGAAGAGGACGGUAUCUGGUUCCAGCGUUCAGACUUGGCGGGCGUACCGGAGAACGCGCUAAAAUCAAUGACUCAAGAGGGAUCUCGGAUCCGGGUAACAUAUCGCAAUGACCAUGUGACGGCUGUAAUGCGACAUGCCCUCAGUAGCGAGAUGCGUCGAAAAUUCGCACUCGCUCAGCAAAAUCGUCUUCCCGAUAAUGUAGUACGUUUAGCCAAGCUAGUCGCUUUACGCGAUCAUGUUGCACGGCUCUUGGGGUUUGAACACCAUGCGGCUUUUAAAAUAACGGACAAGAUGGCACCCAGCGUUGCCUACGUUGAGCAUCAGUUAAACGACCUUCACCAGAGGCUAAAUCCAAUUGCAAUAGCUGAAAUCAAGAAACUGCUUCGUCUCAAAGAGAUGGAUUCUGGUGCUGGGGAGCUAUAUUCGUGGGACAGGGCGUAUUAUCUUCACAAGCAAAACCAGGAGAAUCUCUCUGCAGACCAUGCUCUUUUAGCAGAAUACUUUGAAGUCACUCACACCCUUCAAGGGAUGCUCAACGUUUUUAAUGAGCUUUUUGGUAUCAAGUUUAUGCGCAUCAAGACCUCAGUAUGGCACGAUAGUGUCGUGGCAUAUGAAGCCUGGGAUACACCUGACGAGGGAGGAAAUUUCCUGGGACAUUUGUACUUGGAUAUAUUUGAGAGAAAAGGGAAAUAUCACGGCGCGCAGCACGUCAUGAUUCAGCCGGGCUUCACUUUGGCGAAUAAUGACAAACACUACCCGGUGUCAGCGUUAGUGUGUAGCUUCCGCAACUCAGCGCCUUCCCACCCAUCUCUACUUCAGCACAGUGAGGUGAAAACCAUGUUUCAUGAGCUUGGACAUGCUAUUCACAACAUUGUUGCCAGAACCAAGUAUUCCAUCCCUCAUUCGCGAGACUUUAUAGAGAUUCCGAGCAUCAUGUUAGAGAACUGGAUCUGGCUCCCCGAUAUACUCGUUCGGCUGGGUCGUCACUAUGAGACCUACAAGGCCCUACCACGGGACCUAGCAGAAGGGAUCGCACGCACUAGAAACGCAAACAGGGCUAGCAACAUCCUUGCUCAGGUUCAGCCAGCCUUAUUCGACCUUGCCAUCCAUACACCUCCAACUCAUAAAGAUGCAUUAGAAAUGGACACAACCGCAAUUUGGAAUUUAACGAAGAGAGACAUACUACCGUAUAGCUUUGGGCCAACCCCGCAAGAUUUAGGGGCUGGACAGGCGCGAUUCGCACACAUGUUUCGCAAGAACGACGGGGGUUACUUCGCUUAUCCCUUAUCUAUGGUCUAUGCGGCAGACAUAUUCGCAUGCGCAUUUUCACGAGACCCAAUGGAUCCGAAAAGCCAGGGUCUAGUCGUGCAGAGAUAG